GAAGCGCCCGCUCCCGCGGCGCCGCGCCGGGCCCGGGGGCCUGCUAGGCACGGGCGAGGGGGGGGAACCUCCGCGGCCGCCCUUCCCCGCCUCCCCCCCCCGCCUACCCCCCCAAUCUUUUCCCGCCGCCUCCCCCGCCCGCCUGGAAGCAUGAACUGGCAGCGGAGGGGCCGCUCCUCGCCGCCGCCUCCCCGCCGGUGAGAGCGAGGAGGGAGGGAGGGAAGAUGGGGCCCGUGCUGCGCAGCCUACUCGCCUGCAGUUUUUGUUCGCUGAUGAGAGCCGCCCCGCUGCUGCUGUACGCGAACCGCCGGGACCUGCGCCUGGUGGACGCCGCCAACGGCAGGGAGAACGCCACGGUGAUCGUGGGCGGCCUGGAGGACGCGGCGGCCGUGGACUUCGUGUUCGUGAAGGGCUUGAUCUACUGGAGCGAUGUCAGCGAGGAGGCCAUCAAGCGGACGGAGUUCAAUAAGUCCGGGAGCGUACAAAACGUGGUCAUCUCCGGACUGCUGUCGCCCGACGGGCUGGCGUGUGACUGGCUGGGAGAGAAGCUGUACUGGACGGAUUCGGAGACAAAUCGGAUUGAGGUUUCUAACUUGGACGGGUCGCUGAGGAAGGUUUUGUUUUGGCAAGAGUUGGAUCAACCCCGAGCAAUCGCCUUGGAUCCUGGAAGAGGGUUCAUGUACUGGACAGACUGGGGGGAGGUGCCAAAGAUCGAGCGUGCUGGGAUGGACGGCUCGAGCCGCUCCGUUAUCGUGAACACGGACAUUUACUGGCCAAACGGACUGACCUUGGAUUACGAGGAACAGAAGCUUUACUGGGCAGACGCUAAACUGAAUUUCAUCCACAAAUCCAAUCUGGAUGGCAGUCACAGGCAAGCAGUGGUGAAAGGCUCCCUUCCCCAUCCCUUUGCUCUGACGCUGUUUGGGGACAUGCUGUACUGGACCGACUGGAACACGCAUUCCAUCCUGGCCUGCAGCAAGCACUCCGGGGAGGACCUGCGGGAAAUACAUUCCAACAUCUUCUCCCCCAUGGAUAUCCACGCCUUCAGCCAGAAGAGGCAGCCAAAUGCUACAAAUCCAUGUGGAAUUAAUAAUGGUGGCUGCUCCCACUUGUGUUUGAUGUCUCCUGCCAAGCCCUCUUAUCAAUGUGCGUGUCCCACUGGUGUGAAACUUCUGGAAAAUGGAAAGACCUGCAAAGAUGGUGCCACCGCCCUGCUGCUUCUAGCCCGCCGCACAGACCUGAGGCGAAUCUCCUUGGACACCCCGGACUUCACGGACAUCGUCCUGCCGCUGGAGGACAUCCGCCACGCCAUCGCCAUCGACUUCGACCCCCUGGAGGGGUACAUCUACUGGACCGACGACGAGGUCCGCGCCAUCCGCCGCUCGCUGAUCGACGGCUCGGGCAGCCAGUUCGUGGUCACGGCGCAGAUCGCGCACCCCGACGGCAUCGCCGUGGACUGGGUGGCCAGGAACCUGUACUGGACGGACACGGGCACGGAUCGCAUCGAGGUCACGAGGCUCAACGGGACCAUGAGGAAAAUACUGAUCUCGGAAGAGCUGGAAGAGCCCAGAGCGAUUGUGCUGGAUCCCAUGGCUGGGUACAUGUACUGGACUGACUGGGGAGAACUCCCAAAGAUCGAAAGGUCAGCAUUAGAUGGCUCAGACAGAAUUGUGCUGGUGAACACCUCGCUCGGCUGGCCAAAUGGACUGGCACUGGAUUAUGCAGAAAGCAAAAUAUACUGGGGAGAUGCCAAAACAGACAAAAUAGAGGUCAUGAACACUGAUGGAAGUGGUAGAAGAGUUCUGGUGGAGGACAAGCUACCUCACAUAUUUGGGUUCACGUUGUUGGGAGAUUACAUCUACUGGACAGACUGGCAGAGGCGCAGCAUCGAGCGCGUGCACAAACGCACGGCGGAGAGGGAGAUCAUCAUCGACCAGCUGCCUGACCUGAUGGGCCUCAAAGCUACCAAUGUGCGCCAGAUAAUCGGUACCAACCCCUGCGCAGAGGAGAACGGCGGCUGCAGCCACCUGUGCCUGUACCGACCGCAGGGCCCUCGCUGCGCCUGCCCCAUCGGCCUGGAGCUCAUCAGCGACAUGAAGACCUGCAUCGUCCCAGAGGCCUUCCUGCUGUUCUCCCGGAGAGCGGACAUCAGGAGGAUCUCCCUGGAAACCAACAACAACAACGUGGCCAUUCCGCUCACCGGGGUCAAGGAGGCUUCCGCCCUGGAUUUUGACGUGACGGACAAUCGCAUUUACUGGACUGACAUUUCACUGAAGACCAUCAGCAGAGCGUUCAUGAACGGCAGUGCCCUGGAGCACGUGGUGGAGUUCGGCCUGGAUUACCCGGAGGGCAUGGCCGUGGAUUGGCUGGGGAAGAACCUGUACUGGGCUGACACCGGGACAAACCGGAUUGAAGUGUCCAAGCUGGAUGGGCAGCAUCGCCAGGUGCUGGUGUGGAAAGAUCUAGACAGUCCCCGGGCAUUGGCAUUGGACCCUGCUGAGGGGUUUAUGUACUGGACUGAGUGGGGUGGCAAGCCAAAGAUUGACAGGGCUGCGAUGGACGGCACCGAGCGGACCACUCUGGUGCCGAACGUGGGCCGCGCCAACGGCCUGACCAUCGAUUACGCCAAGAGACGCCUCUACUGGACCGACCUGGAUACCAACCUGAUAGAAUCCUCCAACAUGCUGGGCCUUGACCGUGAGAUCAUAGCUGAUGACUUGCCUCACCCCUUCGGCUUGACCCAGUACCAGGACUACAUUUACUGGACAGACUGGAGCCGGCGCAGCAUCGAACGGGCCAACAAGACCAGUGGCCAGAACAGAACCAUCAUCCAGGGGCACCUGGAUUACGUGAUGGACAUCUUGGUGUUCCACUCCUCCAGGCAGGCGGGCUGGAACGAGUGUGCCUCGAGCAACGGGCACUGCUCUCACCUGUGCUUGGCAGUGCCCGUGGGUGGCUUCGUCUGUGGCUGCCCAGCUCACUAUUCCCUCAACUCUGACAACAGGACCUGCAGUGCUCCUACGACGUUUCUGUUGUUCAGUCAGAAGAACGCGAUUAAUCGCAUGGUGAUCGACGAGCAGCAGAGCCCAGACAUCAUCCUCCCCAUCCACAGCCUCAGGAACGUCCGAGCCAUCGACUACGACCCCCUGGACAAGCAGCUGUACUGGAUCGACUCCCGGCAGAACAUCAUCCGCAAGGCGCAGGAAGACGGCAGCCAGAGCCUCACUGUUGUGACCAGCCCAGUGCCCAACCAGAACUUAGACAUGCAGCCCUACGACCUGAGCAUCGACAUCUACAGCCGUUACAUCUACUGGACCUGCGAAGCCACGAACGUCAUCAACGUGACACGCCUGGACGGCAGAGCCAUGGGGGUGGUGCUCAAGGGGGAUCAGGACAGGCCCAGAGCCAUUGUGGUGAAUCCAGAGAAAGGGUACAUGUAUUUCACCAACCUGCAGGAAAGGUCUCCUAAAAUUGAGAGAGCAGCACUGGAUGGAACUGAACGAGAAGUGCUUUUUUUCAGUGGUCUGAGCAAGCCCGUAGCCUUAGCUAUCGACAGCCAGCUGGGCAAGCUCUUCUGGGCUGAUUCAGAUCUGCGGAGAAUCGAAAGCAGUGACCUGUCAGGUGCCAACCGGAUUGUUUUGGAAGACUCCAAUAUCCUGCAGCCCGUGGGACUAACUGUGUUCGAAAACUGGCUCUACUGGAUCGACAGACAACAGCAGAUGAUUGAGAAGAUUGACAUGACCGGCCGAGAAGGACGUACGAAGGUCCAGGCUCGGAUUGCACAGCUCAGUGACAUCCACGCUGUGAGAGAGCUCAACAUUCAGGAAUACAGACAGCAUCCCUGCUCCCAAGAUAACGGUGGCUGCUCACACAUUUGCAUCGUGAAGGGCGAUGGCACCACACGCUGUUCUUGCCCCGUCCACCUCGUUCUGCUGCAGGAUGAGCUGUCCUGUGGAGAGCCACCAACAUGCUCCCCUCAGCAAUUCACCUGUUUCACAGGUGAGAUUGACUGCAUCCCCGUGGCCUGGCGCUGCGACGGUUUCACUGAGUGCGAGGACCACAGUGACGAGAAGAACUGCCCCGUGUGCUCAGAUACCCAGUUCCAGUGUGAAAGUGGCCAGUGCAUAGACAGUGCCCUCCGGUGCAACGGGGAAGCAAAUUGUCAGGACAACUCAGACGAGAAGAACUGUGAAGUGCUCUGUUUGACCGAUCAGUUCCGCUGUGCCAGUGGGCAGUGCAUCGGGAAGAGCAAGAAAUGUGAUCACAACCUGGACUGCAGCGACAGCUCAGACGAGCAGGGAUGCUACACAACAGAGGAACCUGCCCCCCAGCCCAACAACACGAUAGGCUCCAUCAUCGGUGUGAUCCUCACAGUCUUUGUGGUCGGGGCAAUGUACUUCAUCUGCCAGAGGGUGCUGUGCCCACGCAUGAAGGGAGAUGGGGAAACCAUGACCAAUGACUAUGUGGUGCACGGCCCAGCCUCUGUCCCUCUGGGUUAUGUGCCUCACCCCAGCUCUUUGUCAGGGUCUCUGCCUGGUAUGUCUCGAGGUAAAUCUGUCAUCAGCUCCCUCAGCAUUAUGGGAGGGAGCAGCGGGCCGCCCUAUGACAGGGCCCAUGUUACUGGAGCCUCCUCCAGUAGUUCUUCAAGUACCAAAGGCACUUACUUUCCUCCAAUUUUGAACCCGCCACCAUCACCAGCCACUGAACGUUCACACUAUACCAUGGAAUUUGGUUAUUCUUCAAACAGCCCAUCCACUCACAGAUCCUACAGCUACAGGCCUUACAGCUACCGGCAUUUCGCGCCGCCCACCACGCCCUGCAGCACCGAUGUCUGCGACAGCGACUACGGCCCCAGCCGCAGGGUCCCGGCAGCCGCGGGCAAGGGCUACACCAGCGACCUCAACUACGACUCGGAGCCCGUCCCUCCGCCCCCCACCCCGCGCAGCCAGUACCUGUCGGCCGAGGAGAACUGCGAGAGCUGCCCGCCCUCCCCUUACACCGAGCGCAGCUACUCCCACCACCUGUACCCACCGCCGCCCUCCCCCUGCACCGACUCCUCCUGAGGGGGAGCCCCCCC